CCCAUGAAGGGCGAGCCCCCCCCCAGCAGCACCCUGAGCGUGGGUCAGGCCCGGAAAAUGGUGGAGCAGCUGAAGAUCGAGGCCAGCCUGUGCCGAGUCAAGGUGUCGAAGGCAGCAGCAGAGCUCUUGAGUUACUGCGAAUCCCACGCCUGUGAGGAUCCUCUGCUCACCCCCGUGCCCACCUCGGAGAAUCCGUUCCGCGAGAAGAAAUUCUUCUGUGCCCUCCUCUGA